AUGAUUUCAUCAGUUUAUAAUUACUUAUUUUCAAGAUCACCAGCCAACCCCAAUUCCGAUCCAAAUCAAACUUCCAUAAAUCAAACUAGAUCUUUGUCAACUAAUAAUAAACCCUUAAAUUAUUCAUCAUUUCAUCCAAAUUUGAAACCGGUCUUUCAACAAUUAGAUUCCAUAAGUCCAAGAUUCAUCAUAAACCCUGAGAAUAUAACCAUCUUAAAUGAUCCUAAAGUAUUCUAUAAAACUUUAAUCACCAAGAUCUCAACCGCAAAGUCAAGAGUAUUCUUGACCAGUCUUUAUAUGGGUAAAACUCAAUAUGAAUUAAUUGAAGUCUUGGAUAAGGCUUUAUCUGAUAACGAAGAUUUAAAAAUUGAUAUUUUAACCGAUGCUUUAAGAGGUACUAGAGAAUCUCCAGAAGCGGCUUCUUCAGCAACCCUUUUAUUACCCUUGGUUGAAAAAUUCGGUCAACAUAGAAUUAAUAUCAGAUUCUAUCAUACUCCUCAUUUAUCAGGUUUAAUAAAAUCAAUCACGCCAAGAAGAAUUAAUGAAGGUUGGGGUUUACAACAUAUGAAAUUAUAUGGAUUUGAUAAUGAAAUCAUGUUAAGUGGGGCCAAUUUAUCCAAUGAUUAUUUCAAUGAUAGACAAGAUCGUUAUUAUAUCUUCAAAGAUCAACCUUUAACUGAUUAUUAUUAUAAUAUUCAAGCAAUCAUUAAUUCUUUAAGUUAUCAAUUAUUACCAUCAUCAAAAUUACCAAGUGGGUUUAAAUUAUCUUGGCCUACUUCAAAUAAAUCUUGUGAACCUCAUUUAAAUUUACAUCGUUUUAUUCAAGAUUCAAGUUAUUUAUUAGAUCCGAUUUUAAAACAACAUAAUACCAAACCUAAUGAAGAAGAACCUACUGAUUUUGAUACGGUCGUAUACCCUAUAAGUCAAUUCACUCCUUUAUUCCCUGAUCAAAAUGAUAGAUCAACUGAAAAACCUGCUAUCUUAAGAUUAUUAGCAUAUCUUGAUUCAAGUUCAAAUAUUAAAUGGUGGUUUACCGCUGGUUAUUUUAAUAUGUUACCUCAAUAUCAAGAUAAAUUAUUAAAUUCAAAACAUUCAUCCGGAACAGUGAUAACUGCUUCACCUAAAGCUAAUUCAUUUUAUAAAUCUUCAGGUGUAUCAUAUUAUUUACCUCAAGCUUAUCUUUUAUUUGCCAAACGAUUUUUAGAACAAAUUCAAAAAUUAAAUAAGCAAGAUUUUAUAAAAGUAUUUGAAUGGGAAAAUGGGGUGGUGAAUACUCCAAAUGGUUGGUCAUAUCAUGCUAAGGGGAUUUGGAUAACUACUCCUGAUGAUGAUGAACCUUCUAUGACUAUAAUUGGUUCAUCAAAUUAUACCAAGAGAGCUUAUUCAUUAGAUUUAGAAAGUAAUGCCGUAAUCAUAACUAAGAACCCUGAAUUAAAAAAACAAAUGAAACAUGAGAUUGAUAAUUUGUUAAUUCAUGCUAAGCCUUUACGUUUAGCUGAUUUCAAUCCAAAACCAAUUAAUAAUGAUCAACCUAUUCCUGAGAAAGCGCAAGCGGAAGCUGAAGAAAGAGAGACUACUCCUACUGUGUAUCAAAUUGAUGAAGAUAAAAAAAUCAGUUACGGUGUUCAUUUAUUAGUAAGAUUAUUAGGAGGUAAAAUGUAA